UCUCCCCGCGGAAAGAGAGCGUCGCAGCCUCUCCGGAGACAGUCGUCGAGUCCAGUCCGUGGCGGAAGCAUGACGGAGAGCAGCAGCAGCAAGUCGCCGGACCAGCUGAGCCAGGAAUUGAUCUCGAUUCUGGCCAAACUCGCCGAGUUGGGCUUGAACUCGAGGAUCGAGGCUGUGAAAUUCGGCCGGGUUUACUUUAAACUGAAAAAGUCCAGCUGGAAGAGGAGGGGCUGCUUCGCGAUCGGCUUCCUGCUGGCCGUCUUCCUCGGCUUCGCGGCCAGGAGUCAAUUCCGGAGUUUGCGCUUCGAGAAGUGUCUAAUAGAGCAGCCGUCCUUCGCUCGGCAGCUGUUCCGCCCUGCCGAGGACUGCUCGAUCUGCAAGGACGUGCAACAGGUCGAGAAGAUAUCGAACGUCGAUCCGAGGGACUUUGAGGAACGCUACGCGUACUCGGGUCGACCGGUGGUGGUGACCGACGCGGCUGCCAACUGGACGGCCAUGGAGAGCUUCUCGUUUGCAUUUCUCCGGGAGCUCUACAAGGACCAAGAGGCCAACUGUCAGUUCUUCCCUUACAAGACGGAAUUUCGUAGUCUGCGCGACGUUUUCAACAUGAGCACCAGCCGGGCUUUGAUGCAAGCCGGAAGCAAGCCCUGGUACGUUGGAUGGAGCAACUGCGACGAGGCGAUCGGUAGCGUUCUGCGCAAGCACUACGAUCGACCUUACUUCCUCCCGGUCUUGGCGGAGAGCGAGAAAACCGACUGGAUCUUCAUGGGCAGUCCUGGCUACGGCGCCCCUAUGCACCUCGACGAGGUCGAUUAUACCUCGUGGCAGGCGCAGAUCCGCGGGCAUAAAACCUGGACCCUCGAGCCGCCCCGGGAAUGUCAUUACGUAUGUCGGAGGCUGCAGGUCACCGUCGAUCCCGGCGAGAUAAUCAUUCUGGACACGAACAAGUGGUACCAUCAGACGCUCAUCGUGUCCGAGGACAUCAGCAUCACCAUCGGCGCCGAGUACGACUAAAUACAAAUGUGAUACGACUAAUAUGUCAGCACGAUAAAUAAAACAAAAGUUUAAAAAAAUAA